AUGGUCGACGUUGAAAAAGUUGGUGAAAACCCAUUUAAUUCGCCGUGCUGCUCGUCUGAAUAUUUUAUUCCCGGCAACAAAAGGCCCGAAUUAUUUCUGAUAAAUGUGAGGCUGUCGUCGAGUUCAGAUGAUGAUGGUGAGAGCUUACAAGCUGCAAGAUGUCAUAAGAGGAAAGUAACAAAUAAUCAAUUAGGGUGCGCUGAACAAGAAGAUGAAAUUAACAACAUGAAAACAAAACUGAAUUAUGAGUUACAUCCAAACGAAAUGGAGCUACAAAUUGAGAAGUUUUUGGAAAAUUUUAAAUAUAACGGUUCCGGUUUGCUCUUUAACAAUGAAUCAACCCAGAGAAAAGAAGAAAAGUUCGAGACAAACAAGCCUAACAUGCUAGGAAGGAUGUUUCUGCCUGGACUGAUCAGUCAAAUUAUCUUAAGCAAACCGCGCAACCAAUUGAGUGGGCAAAAUCCUCAACAAAAACCUUACGCAGGUCCAUCUUUUAAAAAUAUUUCAGUACCUUUUCCGAAAACAUCUCCAAGUCCGAGCGAAUUAACAAUUAACAAACAACCAUUUAACCAAUUAACCGAUCAAAAUAACAGUAAAAGUAACGAGAAAAAUAAUUUUAGAGUUUCUUGGAUUUCAAACGAAUCUUCGACACCAAGCUGUCCGAGGCAGAGCAUCACAUCACCCAGUGACAACAACUUCAUAAGUAGCAGCAUCACGUCGUCCAUUAUGUCUCAAGAAAUCGAAGAAAUUUCAGACGAAACUUGGGACUUCAACUUCCAGAACGAUUUCUUCAACUACCCUGAUCCCAAAACAAGACUUGAGUCAUCCUCUGAUAAGGUGUUUUCAAAUGUUGGCGGAUCUUUUCAUGAAUUUUGCUCAACGAGACCUACAAGUCAGCUCUACAGAUUUAUACCAAGGAGUGCUACAGCGGCUUGUCUCGUCAGAUCAGACAAUGCGAUGGGAGACUCAAGUUGCACGCUAACGAUUUUAAAUGUGGCUGAACUGCUGCAAGACAAAUUUGCCUUUCUUUCAGGUGGCACUAGCAGACGAAACUUCAGCAUUUUAUCCUUCCCAGAUAGUACAACACGAAGUACAGUUUCCAAUGACCAGUACAGGAAAGUUGUUUCUUAUCUCGCAAGUAUAUUAAGCCCAGAAGAGUUGGAAUCAGGUGUGGUGAUCGUCAUAGAUAGAAGACAAGAUAAAUGGAGUUCUGUCAAGACCUUACUCAUUCAAAUAACUGAAUUCUUCCCGGCUCCCAUAGUAAAAGUGUACCUGCUAAGGCCUCUAAGUUUCCUGCAAAAGACCUUUUCCGAUCCCAGUUUGAAGUUUCUGAAGGAAGAAUUCCGGAUUAAAGUUUUAGUGUUGGAUUCAUCGGAUGCCCUGCACGAUUACAUUGAUAAGGACCAGCUUACAGUUGAGUUUGGAGGAACGUUACAGUUUAACAUCUCUGAGUGGAUACAGCAUAGGGCCGCUCUUGAAAAGUUCUCAGCUAAUACAACUCAUCUCAAUAAAACUUUAAGAUCCAUUUGUAAGGAUUUAGAGGAAAGAGAGUUCCCGAACGACGUAACUCAAACGGAAGUCCUCAUACACGAUCAUGAUACGGUCCGAUCUGAAAUCAGAGAGGACAUAGAGUCGACCAUCAAACAUGGCAGAGCUCUACUGGAUUGCUUCCAAGGAAAUGGAAAUCCUGGAAAGAGUAGCGACGGAGACAGUGGGAUAAUCGUCAGUGGAGUCAGUCACGAAAAUAGUCCGUUGAGUAUCCAUCUAAAUGAGAUCAGUCAUAUUGGAUAUUUGGAAGAUAGUAAUGUGGAUGGUGACUGUAAAGGCACUUCGAAAGCCAGGAUGGCGCAUAUACAGGCUGCUGAGAGGUUACUAUUAAAACUGGAAGAAACCUCUAGAAACUUUGAGAUGUAUUGGAAUAUGCACAAGACCAAGUUAGAGCAGUGCCUGCAGUUGAGGAAGUUCGAAGAAGACUUUAAACAGCUACAAUUCUCCUGCGACAAACACUUGAAGUACCUGGAAUCCUUGCCAACGAAUUGCGACUCUCUCGCUCAAGCCCUAGAUCUCAAAUCUGACCUUUUGAACUUUGAAUCCCUUUCAAAGACGGACGUAGCCAGGGCAAAUUUGUUGAAAUACCGAGGUGGAAAAUUCAUCUCGGAAGACCACUACGCUGUUGAUUGCAUCAAGCCAAAGUGUUUGGAACUGGAAAGGAUCUGCCAGGCCUAUGAUGAACAGUUGAAAAGUCGUCUCAAUUUGGUGGAGAAGAUUAUCGAUCUCUUCAACUUUGUCGAUAAGGUGAACAAAUGGUGCACCAAAUGUUUAGACUUGCUUACUUCUUACCCCAUAAACAACGUAAACAACAACAACAAUGACGUCACAAGGGCUGACCACCCCCUCCACCUCCAGAGCAACGACGAUGAUGACGUCAAAACUCAGCCACCUGAUCAUUUGCUGGCACAAGUCGACGAGUUACUCGCCGACUAUUACAACGACCAAAACAUGAGAGACACCAAAGAAUUUUAUAACAAUCACGAUGACGUCAUCAAACACCAGUUAAAAGUAAAAACGAAUUUUUGUUGUAAAAAUGGAUUUGUCAAGCGACAUGACGACCAACUCGAUGAAACGAUCCUGAAGUUAAACGACACGAACGACAUGCUGCAAAAAUUCAAACAACAACUUCACGCGCAAAUUAACAACAACAACAAAAACAACAACAACAAUAACAACAACAACAUUAAUAAUAGCAAUAAUAGUAAGAGAAAAAACAGCGGGAAGAACAAAAUCAAAAACAAUUCAAAGAGGAAUAGCUUAAAUGAUGAUGAUGCUAAACAAACGGACGACUACAACAGCAACAACAACAACAACAACACCACCACCACCACCAACAACAACAAUAGAAAAAACAGCCUGAUAGACAUUAUAGGCAUCAAGAUAAACAGCUUAACGGAUCACAAACACAACAACGAUCACGUGACGAAUGACGUCAGCAGAAAUAACAACAAUAAUAACAAAACGAAUAAUAACAAUAAUAAUAACAGUGGUGACAGUAAUAAUAAUAAUAAUAAUCGGCGAAAAAAUAGUCUUAUCGAUAUUUUGGGCAUUAAAAGAAACAGCUAUAACGAGGACAAAAAUGACAACAACAACAACAACAAUAACAACAAUGACAACAGCAACAACAACAAUAAUAAUAAUAAUAACAAUAACAGCUGCAAAAACAACACAAAUAUCAAAAUUAAUAAAAAUGUUGACGAAUCGGAUAGCUGCUUGAACGCUUCUCUCAAGCUAUCAACAAACAACACUAACAACAACAACACUAACAUCAACAAUAACACUAACAACAACAACACUAACAUCAACAACAACACUAACAUCAUCAACAACAACAACACUAAUAUCAACAACAUUAACAACAUCAACAAAAUUUCUGACAGCAAAAGCCCCAACGACAUCAACAACAACAUUAACGUGAUCGAUAUGAAUAAAUUAGACGGCGAUCUUCAAAAUGAAGUCAACAAAACUAAAUCAACAACAACACCGACGGCAACAUCUGCAUCUGCAAUAAUGACGUCACCAACUACAACAAUGACACCGUCAACAACAACAACUACGACAACAUCACUACCGCCAACAACAUCAGCAACAAAACCGAUUGUAACAGUACACCCUGAAAGAAAUUUUCACACAACUACAUUAACCAGCACUAAUCACAGUAACAACAACAACAUCAACCACAACAACAACAACAACAUCAACAACAACAUCAACAACAACAUCAACAACAACAACAUCAACAACAACGACAUCAAGAACAACAUCAAAAACAACAGCUCAUUCUCAACGUUCUCCGCUUCAAUGAUGAACCUGUCCUCAUCAUCAUCAUCAUCGCCAUCACCUUCAUCAUCGUCGUCAUCAUUUUACCCAGCAGCAUUCAAGAUGCAGGUGAAGAUGAAUGGAUCGCUGGCAGAGGAGAGCAUUCCAGAAGAGACGCCUAAGCUCAAGAAGAAGUUCAGCCUGAAAGCUAAGAGCAAGCUGGAGAGGUCACUAUCACGUAGCAUCCAGGAUCUUAGUGCGUUCAAGCAGUUGGCUAGGAAGAAUUCACUAUUCAGUAAAGACGACAAUGAGAAUUAUCAGAACAGGAGGAGUGAACUGAUGAAAGAGAUAUUGAAAAGCGAGAGAGAGUAUGUCGCUAACUUACAGCUUGUCAAUCAACACUACAUUAGCGUCAUGAGGUCUGACGUCAUGAAAGCGUCACUCCCGGAAGAUGUGGCGGGAAAAGAGGGAGAACUCUUUGGAAACUGGGAGGCUAUUUAUAAAUUUCACAAUGAAAUAUUCUUGAAAGAGUUAGAAAGCGCCCAGUACAUGGAUUCAGUGUGCGUUCUGGCGUCAUGUUUCGUCACCCAUAUUGACGAGCUGACGAAAUACUACUUAACUUACUGCCAGAACAAAAUGACGUCAGAGGAACUCUUGAAUCGAAUUCUACUUUCUGACUUUUUAAAAAACUGCCAGAAACGUUCUGGAGUGAAUGAUUGCUUGGACGGGCUGCUGAGCAAACCUGUCCAACAACUUCACAUCUACAACAACUUCUUAAAGGGCCUCUUAAAGAACUGCACAACUGACCAAUCAAACGAGAUGACCAAAGAGGCUCUUGAUUGUAUGGCCAAACUUUUGAGAAACUCCAACGAAGCCCUCAACUCUAUUUCUAUACGAGGAUUUCAGGGUGACGUGAGAGCGGGAGGCAAGCUAAUUAAAAGGGGAACCUUCCAGGUGACGACUGACGGCAGCAGUAGCGGUGGUAGCAGCAGCAGAAGCCACAGCUUUUUCAGAUCGAAAACAGGAUCAGCCAGGCAUGUACUCAUGUACGAAAACUUUGUCAUUAUCUGUAAGGAGAAGCUGGAAGUCGAAGGAAACGUCAGGACUAAUUUUGAAUUCAAGGCCUUGUUGCCUAUGUCUGAACUGGCUCUGAUGGAGAACGUGAAGAAUGAUAAGAAAAAGUUCAAACUAUCUCUUUACGGGACAACUGAGUCGUUCACGUUCGCUGCACCAACGAGUAACAUCAGGGAUAUGUGGGUGUCUGAGAUUAAAAAAAUUCUCCUUGGGCAGUUCGAACAGAUCAAAGCGGAUAAUGUGAACUUUUUUUUCGGCCGUCAAGAUUCCAAGAUAAGCACUGAUUCGAAGUUUGACUGGUCCAAAUCAAUACCUACAACUGACCCAUGUAAUAAGAAUCUGCUAAGCAGAACUUUCAUAAUCAGCUGCGAUCACCAAGCUCGCCGACCGGACGAACUAUCGGUAGGCAAGGGAGCUGAAGUUGAAAUUGUUGAAGUUGGCGAUGAGGGUUGGUGUCUGGCUAGAGAGGUUUUGAACCCUGUUAAUGAGGGCUGGCUGCCCACCCAUCUACUCAGACAAGAAAGGACGUAGGAUUGAAAGGGUUGUAAGAUUGACGUAAAGUUAACGAAUCAAAAUCCCGACGAAAACCGCCGAAAAUAUUCACCACAAAGAAAAGCACUGUUAUUUAGAUAAUAAAAACCUUUUUUUGAAUACAUUUCAUCACGUUAGUCAGUAUCAAACAUCGAAACACAGGGAAUUAGCAAUUUAAAUAUAGGUGGCAACCCAUAAUCACAAACAUUACACCAACAAUGCUAGAACUCAUAUACUAGACCAGGCAACUUGGAUAACUAUAUUUUAUAUCCUAGUAUCUAAAAACUAUCAAACCUUUCUCUUACCUAAUACUAAUAUGGGUUGUAUUAAAUGAAAUAAAGUACCCAUUUGUGUUAAAUAAAUAUGUAGAUAGAACAUAUAUAGAAAUGUAUAAACCAUUUAUAUUUAAACUGAUGUCAUUCAUUGUGUAAAAGUUUGAAGAGCCAAAAAAUGUCAGGCUUUGUCUGGUUUUCCUAUUGGUUAUUGUUGAGAUCUAACUGGCAUCUUUUAUAACACUGUUGUUAAUUUUUAAAUUAUUUAAAAUUUGAAUUUUAUUUAUCUAUUUGUUUUUGAGUUUUUUUUGAUAAGCUUCUAACGAA